AUCAACUGAAUCUUUUAACUUCCCGAUCUUCAAAAUAAGAAACGUGCGCGUUUCAACGACAUGAUUUAUUUAGACAACACUUUUAACUAUCUUUAUGUAAGGUUUUGUGGCAUGAUAUAUAAAUGAUAUGGACAUUUAAUAAUACAAGUAAAAUACUUGUAGUCAAGGUGUAGAAAAAUAUUAUGCAAUAGCAUGCGUAGUAACAAAAAUGUAUCAGUAAAUCGUAAAAAUGAAGAUGCCAAAUUGACAAUAAAGUUGAAUGAAUACUGAUAUAUAUUAUUCAAAGGAUUACUUAUUUUCACGCAAAAACAAACUGUGAAAUUAAUAUUUUAUACAACAAUAAUUACGACUAGAGUUAAUCUUCAAAAUGAAUUCUACAACCGUGAACGAAGAUGUUUUACUGCAAGAGCUGAAUGAUAAAACUGCUGUUUUGAUGGUACCCGCUCUUGUCUACAUGGUGAUUUUAAUGUUGGCUGGACUUAUUGGUAAUGUUUUAGUACUCUUCUUCUAUGGAUGGAAGUCAAGACCAAGUACAAAUAACACGUUUAUCCUGUGCGUAUCAAUGUACGAUCUAAUGUUUUGUACAUUAUCGAUACCUAUAGAAAUCGUGGACAUAAGAUUUUUCUACAAUUUUCCAUACGCUGGUGCGUGUAAAGUAAUGCGGUUCAUCAAUUAUUUUGCGGCAAUUGGAAGUGCAUUUACACUGAUAGUCAUAUCAAUUGAUCGAUACAGGAAAAUAUGCAGACCUUUCAAAAACCAAUUUCAACAGUUUCAUGUUAGGCUCGCCUGUGGAAUGUCUAUUCCGUUUUCGCUGUUUCUGUCAUGGCCUGCAGCUGUCUUUUACACAUCUGUUCCGGUGGAGGUAUCAACUGACGAUGGGAUAAAGGUAACAGGCUUUGACUGCACAACUACAAAAGAACCUUCGUAUAAGAUAUACCUUUUUAUUUUUAACGGAUUCUUUCUUUUUAUUUUCAUCGUUUCAACCGUUAUCAUUUUCACAAUGUACGCUCUUGUGGGAAAAACCAUUUAUAAACACCAAAAAGCUCAAGUGAAACAUACACGAUGUAAAUCCUCGACUGGAAGUCACGUGUUGUCACAUAACAAUAUGUCGGAUACUGGAAGGGGAAGCAGUUCGAAUGGUACUGAAAAGGACAACCCUUCUUCUACCGGAAGCAAUAAUCAUGACCAAAUCGUUCAAAAUAAAGCCAAAGAUCAUGUCAAUGUCAAAACGAUUAAAUUUACGACAGUUAUGUUUGUGAUUACAAUAGUGUUUAUAAUUAGUUUUCUACCACACUUAGCUCUGUCGCUAUGGAGAGCCUUUCGAAGUACGUAUGAAGGAGAAACGCUAGACGGUGCUGGUCUGGUUGCUUUUCAAAUUGGUCUACGAUCAUACUUUCUUAACUCUGCAAUAAAUCCUUUAACUUACGGCUUUUUCAAUCCGAGAUUUCGUGCAUUCUUCUACAAGCGUUUCUGUCCAUGUUGCAAACGAGUAGCUGAAUUACAUAUAACUUCUUCAAGCUCGGGGAAGCAAAAUGCAAUUUUGCAACUGCACCCUCAGUCUUCUCACUCAGUUGAGUAAUGACAAAAUGAUUCGUGGCAUAGGAGAACAAAAUGCUAAGUUUCCAUCAAUAUUAUACCUAUUAUGUUGUGAAAUCAUACAGGACAAUAAUCUUGUAAACUAAUCUAUGCGUGAUAUGUAUGAGAAUAAUUUUGUGAAACAGUUCACCACUUGAUUGUGUGUAUAUAAUACGAUAGAUUUAGUGACUAUAAUCAUGUAAAAGUUUGUCAUGGCCCGAUUCUCUGUAAAAUAAUCCCGUAAAAUUGUUUAUGAUAUGUUUUCCUGGAAUUUAAUCCCUAAAAUUAGCAAUGGUCCGAUUCUUUCGAAUAUAAUUCUGUUAAAUUUGGUCAUGACACGGUUUUCUGUAGAAUAUGUCAGGAUCCGAUUUACUGAAAUAUAAUCCUGUUUAAUUGGUUAUCACCUGAUUUUCUGGCAAAUAAUCCUGUAAACGAGAUCUUGUUCCAAAUUUUUGGAAUAUUAUCCUGUUAAAUUUGUUUUGUUAAGCUGUCAUUACAUCCUGUUAUAAUAUGAUCUGAUUUUUGGCAAAUAUUUUUGUAAAGGUAGCUAUUGUCUUAGCUAUUAUUCUGUAAAAUUGUUAUGACCUGAUUUUCUUUACUAUAACCCUGUAUAAUUGGUCAUUACACGAUGUUUUGGGCUAUAAUCUUUAAAGUAUUAUAGCCUGAUUUUUUUCGAGAUUGUUAUUGUUUGGAAUUGACUGUUAUGUGUUUUUAUCAUGUUAAAUGAGUCUAGUUAUGUAUGUUCAUGACUUUAAACCCAAUAAAUUGAUAAUUAUGUAAUUUCCUUAAGUAUCUGAAACGGAACAGAGUCCAAACUUUCGUCACUUUAAUCAUGUAAAGAAGUAAAAGAAAUUUUGUUGACACAGGCAAUACAGGUUCAAAUUUUAGUAAUUUGUAUAAUCGUUAAAUGAUUUGUCCGUUUUUUAGCACUAUAUCGGCAUGGUUUCAAAAGUUUCGAGAUAAAUUUCAUAUCAGUGUCUGUUACGUAGUUAUUGCUAAAUUGUUGUUUUAUCUGUUUAUUAUGUACUGUUAAAGAAAUGUACAAUAUCUGUAUCGAUUUUAUAAUAUCAAAAAGACCUGCCUUUC